CCCAUCUCAGGUGACAACGUUCCAAAACGUCACUUCCUUCUUAAAGAACGCGGACACCUCCAAAAAGAGUCGCUCUGUAGGCGGUCCGCAGUACUUCGUUUGCUCGUAAUGAACAGGUAGAAUUGCGUUGUGGAAUAGGAGUGUUUGUGCGGUGUUUACGUGAUAAAAACUCAGUGUACGAGACGAACCCGAACCAGCAGGAGCGCUGAGUCUGACGAAACUAACCGGGAACAGGCGAUUUGAAACUUUUUUUUCGCUUUCCUCCUGUACUACUCUCUCUGUCUCUCAGAUUUGGAAUCAUAUCAUUCAUAAAACACACGCGCAUUUGACUUUUGGUGUCAUUUUAAGCGUUAACCGGAGGGACGUUGGAUAAGAGCGCGCCUGGGGAUCUCACCGGGAUGUUUUAUCGUGUGUUUGAACGUCCCUCUUCGGUUCCAUCCGUGAUGUUGGGAUUUCUGCUGGCCCUUUAGCUGUGUGGGAAAGACAUGAGCUCUGGAUAUGGGUCUGUGUCUGGGCUCAGAGGUGACAGAGGAGGGAAAGAAGGCGAAGAUCCACAGCUCGCAGAUAGACAGAGAUCUUUACGAGUGCGCCAAGAGAGAGAUGAACGUGGUGAAGAUCCUCAUGCUGGGUGCUGCUGAAAGUGGGAAAAGUACACUGGUCAAACAGAUGAAGAUUAUCCACAGUCAUGGAUUCACCAAACAAGAGUUAGACAGUUUUAAGCCUGCGGUGUUGGAUAACCUCCUGACCUCUAUGAAGUUUGUCCUCCAUGGAAUGGGUGUCCUUCGCAUCAACCUCGCUAACGGCAAGAACAAGGUCCACGCUCACUCUGUUCUCUCGUGUGGACGCUGCUUCGACGAAGACCAGAUGCUGUUCCCGUUCAUAGGCCACGCCCUCUGCUGUUUGUGGGCGGAUCAGGGGGUGCGGUCGGCAGCGGCGCGAGGAUACGAGUACGAACUCAAUGACUCGGCCCUAUAUUUUUUCGAGAACAUGGGCAGGAUCAUCGCUCCCAACUACAUACCGACAGAAACGGACAUUUUAAGAGUCCGACUGAGAACCACGGGAGUGAUCGAGACGCAGUUCAAAGUCAAACACCUGGUCUUCAGAUUGUAUGACGUUGGAGGCCAGAGGACGGAGAGGAGGAAGUGGAUCAGCUGUUUUGAGGAUGUGAGGGCCGUGCUGUUCGUCGUGUCUCUGAGUGGAUACGACAUGACGCUAGUAGAAGAUCCAUCUAUGAAUCGACUGCAGGAGAGCCUCAAGCUGUUCUCGUCAAUCUGCAAUAACGUCUUCUUCAGAAGUACUUCUAUGAUGUUAUUCAUGAACAAGAUUGAUCUUUUCCAAGAGAAGAUUCUCCGCUCCGGGCGUCAUCUGCGGCAUUACCUUCCCCAGUUCAAAGGAGCUGACUGUGACGUGGAUGCUGCCGCCCGGUUCAUCGCCGCAAUGUUUGUGUGUCUCAACACGAUGCCCAGCAAACUCAUCUACCACCACUUCACCACAGCAACAGACACUUCCAAUGUUCAGGUAGUUUUCCAGGUCGUUAUGGACACAAUCAUCAAGGAGAACCUGGAGGCCGUGUCUCUGCUCUGAGGACCAUUCCUCCUUUAAGAACUCAAAGACUCGCAGAUGAGCCGUUCACAGUGCUGAUGGUAUUUAUUAUACAAGAUGCUCU